AUGGAUAUUGAAAUGUGUGCUUCUCUCUGCUAUAUGCAACCAAAUUUCUAGAGAGAGAGAGGGAGGUUUUUGAGAAUGGCGGCGGUAAUUGGGGCUGUGGGUCUGAUGAAAUUUACAGUUUCCGUUUCAUAAAAUCCCAGUUUGGUUGCUCCUUGUCUCUUCCAUUCUUCUCCUAGAAUUUCUCCCUUUGUCUGCAACCUUUUGGUUUCAACUUUCCCCAAAAUUUCACGAACAAGAUUCAUCUAUUUGAAUGACCGUACAAUUUCCUGUUGGCUAUGUGGGAGUUUUUCCCAGUUGAAUCUUAGGGUUUUAGUUUGUAUCAGGUGCUUGGGCGAUUCGAGUGUUUGUUUCCUCUGUUGCUGCAGCGUUGGGAUUGUUUUGAAGUCAUGGAAGCUUAUAAGAAGUGGGUCAGGGAUAACAGGAACUAUCUUUACUCUUUUGAGUCUCUUGCAAAUGGCUUGACGUGGCUUCUUCCCGAACGAUUUUCUAGUUCAGAAAUUGGACCAGAAGCAGUUUCUGCUGCUGUUGGUGUUAUCACUGCAGUCAAUGAACACAUAAUUGAAACAGCUCCAACCCAGAUGCGUGUAAACGCGACCGUGCCACCUUCAUUUCCCUAUUCGUUGUGCAUAUCUGCUCUAAAAAACUUGGAGCCAUUGAUCGAAGUUGCUGCACAACAAUAUUAUGGCGACGAUAAACGCUGGAACUUCAUUGCCGUUACGGAGGCUAUGAAGGUACUAUUUAGAUUAGCUCUGUUCAAGAAUAGUGGAUACAAAAUGAUACUCGAAGGAGGCGAAACGACAAAUAACGAAAUGCAUCUCGAAACUUCAACUUCUCAGCACAAUGGUGGGCAUCAUGCAUCUGGUUAUUUAGGAUAUGGUAAUGGACAUAACCAGUGGAGUCUAGAAGGGAGGGCAAUGUCUGCUUUAAGUAUGUUCGGGGAUAAUGCUCGGAUAAAUUCGACACCAGCAUGGUCAUACCGGGUUCAACACGAGCGUGCAACGUUCAAUCCUCCAGCUACAAUACCUGAGAGGUCAACUCUUUCGACUAUUUUGUCCGAGCAGGGUCAUCUCGGGGCUCUUUUCGUGAUAGGAGAAGUGCUUUUUAUAACAAGACCGCUAAUAUACGUUCUUCUAAUCCGAAGAUACGGGAUUCGGUCGUGGACUCCUUGGUUUCUUUCUCUGGCUGUGGACCUCACUGGAACAAGCUUUUUAUCAUAUGCUACCUCAGCGUCCAGAAAAGACCAAAGAUUUCACCUCUCCGAUUCUGAGAAGGACGAGCUGAGACGACGAAAGAUGCUAUGGGCAUUUUACAUCAUGAGAGAUCCAUUCUUUGAGAGAUUCACAAGGCGAAAACUCGAAGGAGCCGAGAAAGUGUUGCAACCCGUACCGUUUGUUGGAUUCCUCACAGCAAAAAUCGUGGAGCUUAUGGUUGGAGCUCAGACAAGAUACACUUACAUGUCUGCUUCAUGAGCUGAUUGGUUUUUGAAGCUUCAAACUCUUCCUUCCUGCUAUCUUUUCUGCUGUUCAUAGAAAUAUUUAGUGUUUUUUUUUUUAUAUAAUCAAACUGCUUUGAAUAAUAAUUAAAAUAAAAUAUGUAAUUUAAUCACUAAUUAAGCCACUAAUUGAGUGAUUUAUGAGUA